AGCACCCUGGCUCUAGAAGGGCCAUUAUAGGUUCUAGUAGGCAGAAGAGGCCAAACGAUAGGGUGUGAAAAGUGAAAAGUGAAAAGAAGACAAUGAGCCAGUGGCUCUCUCUGAGCCUGUUUUCUGAUCAUCUGUGUAUUCACUAACAAACAUCUCCCAUUGCAGCUGUCCUGGUCCAUGGCAAGAGGAUUCCACCACCCCAAUACCACAUUCACAGCACUUUAUGUGAGAUCUCUUAUUUGUGGAGGAGAAGAUGAAUAAUAAGAGGGUGUUCCUGCUUCUCUGUCCUUCUGGAGAACGGCUCUGGGCUCCCGCCAUGGUGCAGCAACAGGUGCUCUACCGGGCUCUGGUGUCCUCCAAGUGGCUGGCGGAAUCGCUCCGCGCACGGAAGGUGGGCCCGAGUCUGCGGGUGCUCGACGUGUCCUGGUACCCUCCUCUGCAGCGCAAUGCUCAACAAGAAUACCGGGAGCGCCACAUCCCGGGGGCCUCCUUUUUCAACAUCGAAGAGUGCCGCGACCAGAAGUCUCCUUAUGAGAUGAUGCUGCCCAGCGAGGAAGCCUUCGCCAGCUACGUGGGUCGCCUGGGCGUCAGCAACAACACGCAUGUGGUGGUGUACGACGGUGACGACUUGGGCAGCUUUUAUGGCCCUCGAGCCUGGUGGAUGUUCCGGGUGUUUGGCCACCGCACGGUGUCCGUGCUCAAUGGGGGCUUCCGGAACUGGCUUCAGGAGGGGCACCCUGUGACAGCAGAACCCACGAACCCGGAGCCCGCGGUCUUCAAAGCCACCCUCGACAAGUCCCUGCUUAAGACCUAUGAACAAAUGCUGGAAAACCUUGAGAGCAAGCGCUUCCAGAUGGUUGACUCCCGGUCCCAGGGGAGGUACCUGGGGACAGAGGCAGAACCUGACAGCAAAGACCUGGAACCUGGGCACAUCCCUGGUUCCCUGAACAUGCCUUUCACAGAGUUCCUGACAGCAGAAGGCUUUGAGAAGAGUCCUGAGGAGAUCCAAGCUAUGUUCAAGGCGAAGAAAGUGGACCUCUCAAAGCCACUCAUUGCCACCUGCCGUAAGGGGGUCACCGCUUGUCACAUCGCCCUUGCUGCCUACCUCUGUGGCAAGCCUGAUGUAGCUGUGUAUGAUGGCUCUUGGUCUGAGUGGUUCCGGCGGGCACCCCCUGAGCUUCGUGUCUCCCAGUGGAAAGGUGGCAAAGCCUAAAUGGGGAAAAGGAAAGGCUGAGACCUGACCCUUUCCUCGUCUCCCCCCAGAUCAACCAUUUGGGUCAUUAUGGGUGUUGGGGCACAUUUUUGUCUCAUUUAUAAUCCUCUCUGAAUUUGUCAGGUUUACCCUUUUUUCUGAUCAGUUUUUGUAAAAGAGAUGGAAGAAUUUUGGGGAUACCUAUAUAAAGCCUUCCUUCAUUCUCCCUUGUCAUCUCUGGAAUAAAUUCUUCCCUUUCCAAGAAA